AUGGUCUUGAGAAAUCGCCAGACCAGACCAAGUCUUGGCGGUCUAGACCAGACCGAGACCAAGACAGACCAGACCAUUCCGAUCACUGGGUCCACCCUGUCUAUGAUAAAGUACACCAUGUCAAACUGUUGCACUGUUUCAACCAACAAUUCACAGACCUGGCCAAAAUCUGAGUGUGAUUUGCUGUCCACAUUCGUGAGAUGA